AACUAGUUAAGAAGGCAGUCGGUAACUUUUAAAAGAGGUUUGUCUUAGAGUGCGGCAUCUGCGAGUCUAUCGAGGGAGAAAAGUAUCUUUGACCAUGGUGCAGCAGACGGAGCACAGCGAGACGGAGAGCAGCAUGUCGCGAGAGACCACAGACACCGAGGAGAACGAACUGGUGGCGUGCAGUCCGGUGCCACCAAAACCGGACUGGUGCAAGACAGCCACCGGCCACAUUAAACGACCCAUGAAUGCCUUUAUGGUGUGGUCCAAGAUCGAGAGGAGAAAAAUCAUGGAGCAGUCACCGGACAUGCACAAUGCUGAGAUCUCCAAAAGACUUGGGAAGCGAUGGAAAAUGCUGAAGGACAGUGAAAAGAUUCCGUUUAUCCGCGAAGCCGAGCGGCUCCGGCUCCAACACAUGGCUGACUACCCCGACUACAAAUACAGACCCAAGAAAAAACCAAAGCUCGACACGAGUUCUUCGAAACCAGCGGUGCAGUCGCCGGAGAAGAUCGGUAAAAGUGUCAGAGCUGCAGGGAAGAAGUGCGCGAAACUCAAGCCGAGCAAACCGGGGAACAUUACCGCGAGAGCUUCUUCGCAAGAUUGCAGGUACAACUAUGUUUUCACAAACUUAAAAGUGACCAAGUCUAUCAAAAGGGAAAUUACUGACGACGAAGAUGACGAUGACGACGACGACGAGGAUGAGGAUGACUACGAGGAAGAAGAGCACGUCAGGCUGCACAACGUCCCCGCGAGCCCCACGCUGAGCUCCGCCGCGGAGUCCGAGGGCGCCAGCAUGUACGAGGAGUCCAGGCACGCGAGCGCGAUUCCCGGCAGCAGACUGUUUUACAACUUCAAGAACAUUACCAAGCAGAGCGCAGCUUACCCUGCCUCGGUGUCACCAGCAUCCUCUUUCAGGUCCGUCUCUUCUUCGUCCAGCAGCUCCAGCGAGGACUCCGAUGACUUGCUGGUGGACUUCAGUUUGAACUUAGCUGCGGGCUCUCACUCCACAGACUUGGGCAACACUUCAGGAAACCUUUGUCUCUCUCUGGUGGAUAAAGAUUUGGACUCUUACAGCGAGGGCAGCCUCUGUUCUCACUUCGAGUUCCCGGACUAUUGCACUCCUGAGCUCAGUGAGAUGAUUGCGGGAGACUGGCUGGAGGCGAACUUUUCAGACCUGGUUUUCACUUACUAACUUACUAACUCCUCCAGAACCAAGGGGGCAUCUCGCAUCUUCAGGUUAUUUUUGGACUCUGUCUCCGUGCUUGUCCUGGUUAAGACGGUGGAUCCUGCGUUACGAGAUUUGUAACGUAGAAGAACAAAAAUGACAACAUUGUCAACAUAUUGACAGGGCUGUGUGUGUAUGGCAAGCGCUUUUAACAUAUAUUCCUUAAAAUAACAGUUUCUACUUUUAUCUGACAAGCAGUUGUUUUUAUCAUUGUAAGCCAUAAGUAGUUGGUGUUUUUUUUUAUUUUAUUUUUUUUAUUUUUUUUUAUAUAAGAUCACUGUAAAUGUCAUGUCUUUGCUGCUAGUCACUAUGGCAGUAUAAAAAUCUACUUUUCCAUUCCGAUAGGUACUAGUAUAGGAUAAUAACUAGUAGGAGUAAUAUGUAUAUAAAUAAUAAAUUUCGAUUGAAACUGAGAUGCUAACCACUAUUGAAUCAUUUAAUGGUAAUUAAAAUAAGUGCUAGUCAAAUAAAAAUAGAGACCAGUUAGUUUAAAGAAAUAAAUGUUAAAGUAGCUUGCCAUAGUGUGGUUAUUCUGUGGGGUUGCAGUGAAACUGCUUAAACUGUGGUGGAGAGCAAAAUGUAAAAUCUGAACUAUGCAUUCCCAUCCCACCCAUAUCUCUACAGGGAGCUGGCAAACGGUUGGUGGACCGAAUGGAGGCAAUUCUGAAACGCUGUUCAGGAUGGAACUUAUUCUGAGGUCUUAUGUGAUUUAUUUACGCCACAAAAGUUUCUUUUUUGUGUGUGUGUAACCAUUUCCGUUUCCCUCCAAGUAUGGGCAUAUUUAAGCAGAUAACCACUCUGAACACACAGGUAUGGCAGGAAGCAUUUUGAUACAUGACCAACAUACCUCAUCUUUUUAAAAAAAAAAAUUAAAAUAUUUUCUGGCGUAUUUUUGUACAGUUAAAGGGAAUGUUCUUACUGUGCUUUAAGUGAGGUUUUUCAGGCACUUCAACCCGGUUUUAUUUGUAAAAGCAUGCAAGAAUUAAACUGAGAAGUCGACUUGCAUUUAAAUGCCUGGUUAUUUUACUCCAGGCAAAUGUACAGCUGUAGAUCUGAAGCGUUUCUAUAGGGAAGUGUACAAUGGAAUUGGGGGAACACAUGAGCCUCAUUUCUGGUACUAGAUUGAAGAUUGUAUAUGUUCUGUAAUAUAGUAAAGCUAGGAGUUUAUGUAUAUCUGUUUGAAUGGGUCCCAAAUAGCAGGUGUAAAACUGGAUUUUGUUUUGCUUUUUUAUUUUCAUUAUAAUGGCACAUUUGUUUUUCAUUAUUUUGUGCAAUAUACUCUCAAUUGACCAUCUGCGUUUUGUAGCAAAGGAAAUGAGUUACAUGUCGUCAUGCUGAAGUCUGUAUCUGACACAAAUAAAUCAGCUGGAACUGAUAAGAAAA